CUUUCGGGUGGUUUCAUUUGUCAGCUCCGAGUCUUUACUGUUCAAAGGAUCAUCAAAUCAUCAAUACCCAACGCAAGGGAUUCUCAAGGUUUGGCUUUUCAGUUGCUCAUCAUCCCUCCAUAAGUGAACCUGCUGAAUUUGUGCAUUGCAAGAUGUUCUCAUCUCCCGGGUACUUAAAGAGACCAAAGCAUGGUUCAUAAAGCUGACUUAAUUGUCAUUGGCAUCUUCGUUGGCUUGGCCCUUGGUAUCUUGAUAGCUACACUGGUAUUUUUCGGGAUAAGGUGGUACAGAAAAUAUGCAAAACUGAGCUGCUCAAAUGCACGUAGUGUUACGGUUAUUCCAAUAAGAACAAACGGCUUUGGUACGAGUACCGACUUCAGUGCGUCUCUCUCGAGUGCUGUGCCCGUUGAGGUACCAGAAUAUCAUAAGAAAAGUUCUCCGAAUUCUUGGUGGAGUCCUCAUAGUAAAGAUCAAUUUGCUUCUGCUUCUGGCUUGCCAAAGUAUUCUUAUAAGGAUUUACUGAAAGCUACGCAAAAGUUUACAACUAUUUUAGGAGAAGGAUCAUUUGGUCCUGUGUAUAAAGCUUCAAUGCCUACUAGCGGUGUAGCAGCUGUGAAGGUGCUUGCUUCUGAUUCCCACCAGAGUGAGAAAGAGUUCCACACAGAGGUUUGUCUACUAGGAAGGCUGCAUCACCGGAACCUCGUGAACUUGGUAGGAUACUGUGUGGAUAAAGGGAAAUGCAUGUUAAUUUUUGAGUUCAUGAGCAAUGGAAGCUUGGCAACGUUACUAUAUGGUGAAGCGGAACGCUGUCUGAAUUGGGACGAAAGACUUCAAAUUUCUCUUGAUAUUUCAUAUGGAAUAGAAUAUCUUCACGAAGGGGCAGUCCCUCCAGUAAUACAUCGUGAUUUGAAGUCUGCUAAUAUAUUAUUGGACCAGUCUAUGAGAGCCAAGGUUGCUGAUUUUGGGCUGUCAAAGGAAGAGGUUUUCGAUGGCCGAAACUCUGGCAUUAAAGGUACAUAUGGCUACAUAGACCCAGAGUAUAUAUCCACAUACAAGUUCACAAUGAAGAGCGAUGUAUACAGUUUCGGUGUUAUCAUCUUCGAGCUAAUUACGGCCAUCCACCCACAUCAAAACUUAAUGGAAUAUGUCAAUCUUGCCGCUAUGAGUCCAGAUGGUGUAGAUGAAAUCCUUGAUAAGCAACUUGCUGGAGAAUGCAAUAUUGGAGAAAUGAGGCAGCUAGCUAAAAUUGCUCAUAAAUGCUUGCACAAAUCACCGCGGAAGCAGCCUUCAAUGGGUGAAGUAACACAAGCUAUCCUUAAGAUAAAGCAGAGACGCCUGGGUAAAGAAGACACGAAAUCCAUGGCUGAAAUGGAUUUUUCACGAAUUAUGAGCCGGAUACAGGAGCAGCAUAUAGAGCUGACCAAAUUGGCCAGCUUGAGUGAGAUUAAUUGAACAACGGCAACUUCCAUUCUACUGUCUCAGGUUUACUUCACUCUUUCUGUUCUCCGAAAUCCAGAGCAACUGAUACAUAGAGAUGAGGUGUUUAAAGAUUUCUGCCCCUUCGUAUGAUGUAGUAAGGGUGAUUUUCUUAGUCUAUGCUCAUCAGCACUGGCCUUU